CUCAAGCCUGGGUUGGCUUCUUGGUGGGGGGGGAAGCGGGGGACCAGGGGCGCUGCUCUGGACAGCGUGCGCGCAGGGCCAGAGUUGGUCGCCCUUCUCUGGCAGUGGCCAUGGGCGAGAAGCGCCUGAACGCCCGCGCGGCGCGCAACGACCAGUCGCUGGCCACCUCCAGGGGAACGAAGACUGACGCGGACGGGCGCGCUGCGCCCGAGGGCGGCGCGGCCGGCGAGGGCCCGCGCCCGGGCGCAGCCCCGCCGGAGGAGCUGGCCGAGGAGCUGGCGGCGAUGGCGCUGCCCGGCUGGGAGCCCCGUGCGAGGGCGCCCGCCCCUGGCCCGAAGGUCCUGGAGGUUACGGAGGACAACAUCCUGACGUACGCGCAAGGCGAGUACUCGCUCAUCAGCGUGGAUCUGCGCUGUGCCUUCUCCGAGCCGCUGGCGGCGCGGGUGGAGGCCUGCUUCCGCGACGAGGUGAUGUCUUGCUUCGCGGUCCGCCGGGAGCUCAUCAACUACAAGAAGGUCUGCCUGCACCUCUGGCAGACGGGCUCGGCGGUCGAGAAGGACCUCAGACAGCUGAGCAGCUUCUUCUACAGCGACGUUCUGGAGGGCGGGCUGAGCACCGGGCGCCACGGCGAGGAGUGCGCCACCGAGCCGCGGCGGCAGCGGUAUUGCGAGAUCGCGAACGCGAUGCAGGAGUGCAAGGGCGCCAUGGCUGCGAUCUGGGAUGCCCGCUACUUCGGCAAGGUGAUCUGCAACCUGCCCCGCCACCCCGGCAGCGGCGUGCCGUGGAAGUUCGAGGAGCUGCCCCGCAGCCUGGAGGUGUGGAAGAGCCUGGAGCAGGCCCGCCAGUUCCUCCGAAACCAGACGGCGCUCGACGCCUACCUGGCGAGCCGCUACAACCGCAGCUGGUCGGACAGGCACCUGGUGCAGUCCCCGCUGGCCACCGAGGGCCUGCGGCAGCUGAUGGCGGCGGUGGAGGGCGCCUGCCUGGGUCUCCCGGGGCCCGCGGUGCGCUACGUGGAGCUGGUGCUCACGUCUUGCGCAUCCCCGACCAUCGCCCGCGGCGCUGCCAAGGCCAUGGCGAUCCGGAGCGCCCUGCGGAGAUACUGCGGUGCGCUUGGGGAGGUGGUGGCGGGUGCCGAGGAGGCGCUGGCCGAGGCGGCGGCCCUGCGCGCGGGCUCGGACCCCGAGAGCAGUGCGCUGUCGCCCGGCCUGCGGCUCUUUGCGCAGAAGUACGCGCGCCUGCUGAGCGGAGUGCUGCCCGUGGUGCGCGAGAUGCUGCGCUGGCUGGGGCCCAGCCCGAAGACCAGAAGCGGCAGGCACGGCUCGGAGCGGCGGUUCGUCUCCGGAAGCCGAGGCGCGGCGGCCUUUGUGCCGCGGGGCUUCCCUGACAUGAUGCAGCCCUUCCUCGGGGUCGCGAGCGUGGGCUGGCCGCGCUCGGCGCAGCCGCGCCCGGGUGAGGAGGUGAACCUGAAGGUCUGCGACCAGUGGCAGUGCGAGGAGUGCGGCCUACUCCGCGGGGACGGCGAGGACGUCUGGGAGCUGGUCGGGCGCCUGCGACCCGCGGCGGUGUUCCUGGACUUCGACCGCACCCUGGCGACCACGCGGGCCGGCGGCUCGCCGCUGGAGGGCAACCACUCCGUGGACAUCGAGACCUUCCUGGCCGCGAAGGGCGUGUCUGUUCAGCGCGUGCGCUGCAUCAAGAGGGAGGCUUUGAGAAACAAGGCAGAUGCCAUCACGGAAGAGAUGGCCGCGCUGGACCCGUCCUCCGUAGGGGUGUUCGUGGACGACGACAUCCGCGAGCUCACGGACCCGUUGCUGAAGCCGCUGGUGGAGGCGGGACGCCUGAAGAGAUUGCUGUUUGUUCGGGCUGGCGGCAAGGACACGUGCUACGGCGCGAAGUCCUUCGACAGAGCAGAGUGCUACGGCGCGAAGUCCUUCGACAGUCCUUAUGAAAGGGAACCAGAGCUGAUCGAAGCAGCACAUCGGCACGGCCGAGGGCACCUGCACCUCCGCGCGUCCCCGCACCCGCGCGGGGAGAGCUCGUCCGGGCCGGUGGGCACGGCGGAGCAGCCCAGUCCCACGGAGGGGCGCAAGCUGGAGGGCGCCGGGUCGCCCGGCGCGCUCGGCGCCUGCGCGCCGUGCCUGCUGCAGCAGCCCGCGCGGAGAGUGCGGCAUCGCGCGUCUGCGCGCGCCGCGUGGUCCCGGCGUCUCGUCGCGGCCAGCCUCGCUGGGCCAGCGCGCGUGAGGCUCCGCUGGAAUCCGUGCACCGCGCACCGAGCGACAGCGAGGGGCGCCCGCCGACGCAGCCACGACGGCGCCAGCGACGUCUCAGGUGUCGCCAGCGGCCCCGCCGCUGGCGAGCCCGGGACGGUGAGCCCGCUGGCCACGCCGCCGCCGUGCCGCGGGGCCCCGGGCGACAGGUCGGCUUCCGUGGCCGAUGCCGGAGUGCCGGGGGGACCAUCGGUGAGCAGCAGGCCCUCCGCGAUCCGGCGCCACUCCCAGGUGCACAGGGGGCCGAGCAGGGCAUCCUUGGCCAACGCGGCCGCGGAGCAGAAGGCCGCCGCGCUCGCCAGGCAUUCGCCAGGCACGACGCCGACGGCAGCGGCUCCCUGGACCGACCACAGCGAGCUCAUGGAGUGCCUCGCGGAGCUCGGCAUGCGCCCGAAGACGGAGGAUCCGACGAGCGGUCGGAGGUCCACCGCGUCGUCCUCGACCUCGGCAGGAGCUGCAGUUCAGCUUCAAGGAGUUCUCCACUGAGAUACUCCCAGAGGCGCCGGGGUGCUCUCUCCCGCUCCGGGCCGCAGCUGUGGAGCCGGGGGUGCAGG